AUGAGUCGCACAUUGCUGCGCUCCGUCUUGGAGCUCAGGACACCCAUCACGCGCCUCCCGCCGACCUUCCUCCUGCCGAACCACGCCCGCCGCUUCAACUCCACGGCACCCAUCAUCGAGCCCGCCGCAGCCGCACAAGAUGCACCUCCCGUCGCCGCGCAAACCUCCUCAAUAGCACAACAGGCCGCCGUCGGCGCCGCUCAGAGCACCACCCAGACAUCGACAUCAUCCGCAACGACCCCGAUCUCCGAAUCCGUGCAGGCGGCCCUGCCCUUCCUGGCAGCCCAGCCCAACCACUACAUCACCUUCCACAUCCACGGACGCCCGUACCUCGUCCAGCCCGGCGACAGCGUCCGCCUGCCCUUCAAGAUGCCCGGCGUCGUGCCCGGCGACGUCCUGCGCCUCAACCGUGCCUCGGUCAUUGGUAGCAGAGAUUACACCCUCAAGGGCUCACCCUUCAUCGACGAGCGGGUAUACGAGUGCCGUGCCGUGGUGACGGGCACGGAGAGCGAGCCAAUGAGAAUGAAGGAGAAGACGAAGAGGAGGCAGAGGAAAGUGAAGACGGUCAAGAGCAAGCAUCGCUACACGAUUCUGACGGUUAGCGAGCUGAAGAUUAAUGCGCCCGAAGAAAUUGAGGCUUAA